AUGAAUCAAAAUAAUACUAUGGAGUCUAGAAUUCCACAUAUAAGUUCUAUUUGGUUAGACGAAGAUGAGGAUAGUGAAAAGUUAUAUAAUUUUCAAAGUGAAAAAUUUCUUAGAGAUGACGAAGAAGAUGGAAGUUUAAAGAUAUAUAUGAUGGAUAAUAAUGAGGUUAACAAAAGCAUUCGAACAGUUCCGGUAAGUCCAUUAAGUGAAAAAGUUCCAACUUUUCCUUCGAGCCUUACUGGAUCCAACAAGAAACGGUUCUCAUUGUAUCGAUAUCCGUCUCCAGAAAAUGAUAUACUGACUACAGAUACAAGUAAUAUAACUAGAUCGAAUAGCUCUAAAUCGGUGUCUAGCAAUUUGACCUCUCUAAGAGGAAAAUUGUUAGGAAAAUUGAAAAAAAAAUGGAAUAAUAAUGUCGUAUCUUCAGAAAAGAAGAAAGAAGUAAUUAGCACGCCAUUCAAUUUUCAACAUAUAUUUCAUGCAAACCUUGAUGCUGCAAUGGGUAGUGACUGUAUACCUAAAAAAAAUGCCAUACUAGAUACAGAGAAUGAUUUGGAUGAAAUCACAGAAGUCUCGAGCAAUAUCUAUAAUGGUUCCAGUAUAGGAUUUUCAGAAAUACCUGAGAGUCCUAUAACAUUCGGUAAAGCCUACUGUACAGAAGAAAUUAAGAGUUUUGAGUUUGAUAGAGAUUACCGUAGAGUUCGUAACUCCGAUACUACAAAUAUGAGUUUCGAAAUGGAGAAUUGUUUAAAUUUUUCAUCUUAUGACACAACUGUUUAA